AUGCUGGCACUUCGAACUGCGUUUUCAUUUUCAUUACCGUACCGAACUGUGACAAAAUGUGCACAACAGGGUGUACUCGACGAUACGGCACGAUCAAGACUCGUCGUUGCUACGGUCACGAACAAGAUCGUAAUUCACGAGAGUGAAACAGUGCUGAAUAUAAACGAGAAGAUUCUUGCGUUAACAGUGGCUCCGCUCGGUACAAGCUACGAUGUGAUUAUUGUUGGCACGACAAGCAGUGUGCUCGCUUAUGAUCUACAACGAAACACGAAUCUGUUUCGUAGAGACAUGGCCGAUGGUAUCGCAUGCAUUCAGGUGGGUUCAUUCAGUUCACACGGAGUACUGGCAAUGUGCGGAGGUAAUUGUGCCAUUUGGGGUCUUGACGCAAACGGUAACGACUCAUUUUGGACGGUCACCGGCGAUAACGUACUUUCACUUUGUCUUUGUGACGUUGACAACGAUGGAAUCAAUGAGUUAGUGGCUGGUUCUGAGGAUUUUGAUAUUCGCGUUUUCAAAGAUGAUCUGUUGCUAUUCGAACUAUCCGAAACUGAUGCCGUCACAUCGCUUCACGAUCUGGGACAUGGGCGUUUUGCAUAUGCACUAGCCAAUGGCACACUGGGUGCAUAUCAGGGCGAAUCUCGAUUGUGGCGUAUUAAAAGUAAGAAUCAGGUGAUCUCACUGAUGACAUUCCCAGAUCCAGAAACGCUGGCUUGUGCUUGGUCAGGAGGAAAGAUCGAUAUGCGAAAUGCAGAAACCGGUGAGGUGAAGCUGAAGGAAAGCGUGAAUGGACAAGUUGCGAAUGCAUUCAUUCAAAACUCUCAAUUAACAGUUGUUAUGCUUGAUGGAAACGUUCGAGGACUCGAGAUCAGUGAAGAACAAUCGAAUGUGGACGAUGCACAGAGCAUAUUGCACGAUUUGGCCGAUUUGCAGGUGGAAUUAAAGAAUUAUGAAAUGAAUCGACAAGGUACUGUCAGUGAAAUCGUUGAGAGUGAAAGACAAGUGCCGGCAAAUACACAUUUGGAGACGUGUCUAAUGGUGAAUUCGGAGGUGAAUCCUCCAUCAGUGGAGCUCCAAUUGAGUGUUUCCAAUGACGCAAUCAUUCGAGCUGUUAUCGUUUUCGCUGAAGGAAUUUUUUCGGGCGAAUCUUUUAUCAACCAUCCAACACACGAUUUUUCAUCUAAACUUUUCGUUCAACUUCGACCCGACAAGGAUAUCGCUGUUGAUCUGCACGUUAAGGCAUUUAUCGGCUACCCAGAAAGUACACAUUUACAUGUUUUUGAAUUGACUCGAGCGUUACCACGUUUUUCGAUGUUUGCGCUGUGCAACGAUACGGCACCCGCACCUGAAGGAAAUGCUGUUUUCACAAUUAAUGAACGACCUCCACGGUUGGCCUCAUGGAUAAAUGAAAACUUUUUGCUAUGUGAUGAGGUCGGAUGUGAGGAGGAUUGCACGUUAAGUGUGCGAUUUUAUAGCAUGAGAUCAGCUGGAAUGCUCUUCAUUGAAAUGGAUAACUCUGGAAAGGUAACGGUAAGGAACGACGAUAUGGAACUGGUUGGGAAUGUGAUACAAGCGAUUGCUGAGUACUUUCAUAUCACGAAUAUUACCACAAUUGCCAGCUUCCCAAAGGCUAUGAAGGCAUUUAUCCCGUACGAUAUUUUAGUGAAAAAUUUGAGUUGCGCCAUUUUUCAGCUUAAUGAAAUGUUCGCAUUGAGAGAUCAACUGGCGGCUGCAGUAGCUGAACGAGCAAAUUCGGUCAAGGAAAUGCUUGUUCGAGCCGAGGAUGCCCGUAUUAUAGGACAGAUACAAAUGAUGCGAAAAUACUAUUUAAAACUUCAAACCCUUAAUCAAGCAUUGGUUACCGAUCAGAUGGUACGAUGUAAUAAUCAUGAACAACUGUUGAAAACACUUCGUGAACUAAAUAAAACAAUCGAGAAAGGUGCACGACUCCGUGUUGGAGAUCCGGCCAGUAAAGUGAUCGCCGCAUGCCGUAGUGCGAUAGCAGAAGAGAAUUUCGAUAUGUUACCGAAGAUAAUCCUUUUCGGAGUUUGA